AUGGCUAAGGCUUUCAUUAAAAACUUCGUGACUAUAUUUAACCCAAAACGUGUUAUACAGACAGACAAUGGAAAUGAAUUUUGCAACCGUCUAUUUCAACAGGUAUACAGCAUUAUCCAGACAAAGAUGUCAAUUACGAUGGUGUACCACGUGCAAGCCAAUGGCAUGAUUGAAAGGACUAACAGAGUGGUAAAAGACGCGCUGGCAACUCUGACGGAGCGCCGGCCGGGCACGAGGGUUCAUCGAAGCAUCGUAGAACAGCCGAUCUACCUCAUGAUGGGUCAUCACAGCCACUUCCCCCUCGGGUCCACCAACGACGUCACGAUUGCAGCAGAUUCGGCAAAGAGGUUUCAGGAACGUCUUCAGGUGGGGAGGUCAGUAGAAGUGGAAACUUCGCAUCGUACACGAGAAGGUAGGGCGCACAUCUACAACAAACGCAUCCGCAAACACAUCCAGCUUAAUGUCGGGAUCCUCGUCUGGGUGAAGGUCCACCUGGGGCACCGUCAUGGUCAUGUCGCGGUCCCACGAGAAUAA